GGAGUUAAUUUUGUUUAUGUUAAUAUUAAAAGGAGGAAAUAUUUGUCAAAAACAAAAAUAGGUUGAAAAUAUAUAUAAAGGAAAAAACGCAGUAUUAGAAAGCAAGGAGGAAAUACCCAUCACUCUUUGUCUUCCUUCAUCAUCAUCAUCAUCAUCAUCAUCGUAUAAUCUUUUUGUUUUUCUGCAAUUCGCAACUUUAGAGAGAGAGAGAGAGAGAGGAGAGAGAAAGCGCGUUAAAAGACCGAUUUAACCUUCGUUAUUCUUCGUUUUCCUCUCUCUCGCUCGAUCCCUCCUUGAUUCAUUUUUGCUCAUCGCAUUCGUGUAACCAUGAACGAGAAAGCCAACGUUUCAAAGGAGCUCAACGCUAAACACAAAAAGAUAUUGGAAGGACUUCUUAAAUUACCGGAGAAUAGAGAAUGUGCUGAUUGUAAAGCCAAAGGACCAAGAUGGGCUAGUGUCAAUCUUGGCAUCUUUAUUUGCAUGAAUUGUUCAGGAAUACAUCGAAGUCUUGGUGUACAUAUUUCAAAGGUUCGUUCUGCUACUUUGGACACCUGGCUCCCAGAGCAGGUUGCAUUUAUUCAAUCUAUGGGAAAUGAGAGAGCAAAUAGUUACUGGGAAGCAGAGUUACCUCCAAAUUAUGAUAGAGUUGGUAUUGAAAACUUCAUCCGUGCCAAGUAUGAAGACAAGAGAUGGGCUGCAAGGGAUGCUAUACCAAAAUCACCUUCAAGACUGCUAGAAGAGAAAAGUCCUUCACAAUGGCAAAAGCCUGUGGAGAAUACAUUUGAGGAAAAGAAGAAAAUCCAACCAUCAAAUGCAAUUCCUGCUACUAGAAUUAGUGUUCUUGCUCCUCCUAAAGGACAUGUGCAGGUAACUCCAGUAGUGGCUAAACACCAGCAUAUUGAGAAAGUGGAACCUCUGGUGCCACAAGUACAAGCUGAAACAUCACAGGAGACUGGCACAUCUCAUAACCCCCCUCCAAAAGUUGACUUUGCUACGGACCUUUUCGACAUGUUGUCUAUGGAUGAUCCAAAUGAAAAGGGCUCUGUCGUAGCUGAUGCAUCUGCUGACGAUGAUAACAACUGGGCAGGUUUUCAGUCUGCUGCAGAGACUUCAACAGCCGAGAAAACCGACACCAGGAAAUCCGUUGAGAGUACACCCCAGCCCACCUCUGGAAUUGAGGAUCUAUUUAACGACUCGUCUUCAGUGACACCAAGUUCUGCUCUUGAAAAACCACAAAAAGAUGUAAAAAAUGAUAUUAUGAGCCUCUUUGAAAAGAACAAUAUAGUAUCUCCAUUUGCUAUGCAUCAGCAACAGUUGGCUAUGCUGGCACAGCAACAGUCUCUUCUAAUGGCUGCUGCUGCAGCUAAAUCUUCUAGUGAGGAUGCCAAAUAUCCUGCUAAUGUACAGCAACCUGGUCUCAAUAUUCCUAUCCAAAGUUGGCCAGCUGCGAGCUACCCAAUUCCAGGAGUAAUGCAUGUGGGUAGUCAGGGAGACCUGCAGAAACUUAUGCAGACAAUGAACAUGACUUCCGCGUAUCCAGCAGAGAGUUCAGUUCAGUAUCCACCAUCUAGUUAUUUUACCACGUCACAAGUUGCUCCAGUUAAUGGCACAACGACAACGGCAGCAAGUAAACCUCAGUCAGCUACUCCGGUAUCAUCGAACACUACAAAUACAGUGAAUGAUUAUGAUUUUUCCUCAUUAACACAAGGAAUGUUUGCGAAACCCUGAUUGACUUUUGUUUAAUAUGCCCCCUUCUGUGUCAUACAUACCAUGGAAACUAGUUACAAAUUACAAUUACAGAAAAGUGCACUUCCUUUUUCACCUUUCCCUUGCCUUGUCCUUGGGUUGUAAACCAUUUGUAGAGCUAUUGAGCUAGUUCAAUUUUUCCUCUAUUUUUUAUAUGAAUUUUUUCUCUUGUUUGGGUGAUUGCUGCCUUCAUUUGUAUCGAUAGGUGAUUCACAAUAAAAUUCAGUGUUAUUAUCAUCAUAUAGUCCUGUAUUUCCUUAUAUUUCUUCUGGACUAUGGGUGUUAGGUCUUCGACUAUGUGUACAAAAACAUGUUUAAUUAUAUUUCAUACAUUGGAAGUUGUAUAAUUUGUUACUUA